ACGCCUCGGCCACUUUUCCCUGUUGUCUUGGCUCAGUCAUGUCAAACAGCAGCGCCGCCAACAGCAGUCUAGCCAUCGCCCAGAGGGCAGUGAAGCAGCUCCGUCUGGAGGCCAGUGUCCACAGGAUCAAGGUUUCUCAGGCUGCUGCAGAACUGAAGACCUUCUGUUUGCAAAAUGCCCACAAGGACCCUCUCCUCACUGGGGUGCCUUCCAGUGAUAACCCUUUCAGGCCUCCCAAGUCAUGUGUCCUGCUCUGAGAUCUGCUGAACAAUGACCAUGUUGUCUUUUGGAGCACAAGACACAGCCCUUGAAGCAAAAAAUAUAUUUCUUAUCUUUUAAGGACUGUGAAGGAGUGAAAAAAACCCACUCAAAAAGAUGCCUGAUCAUUUCGAUGUGGAUUCCUAUCAUGUGCCCCACCGCCUCUGAAGAUAAAGAAGUCAUGACCAUACAGACACUCACACAUGCACAAACACGCUAUGGAAUGAUGCUGAAACUUUCAGAUGAUGAAUGUAGUUAUGCAUAGUUCUUAAGCUGGUGUGAUGUAUGUGUUUGUGCAUCAAAUGCUUUGCUCUUUUCAGGGGUCUAUAUUAUGGAAUGCACAGUAUAGAAACAUGAUAUAAUGUUAGAAGUUGAUAUGUAACUGCUGAUCUUGCUCAGUGUGAACAAAUGGUCUAGUUCAUACAGUUCAAACAAUCUCUUUGUUGUGUGCAACUUUAAUAUCUACCAAUAAAAUUUACCAUGUGUU